AUGGCACGCCAUCGACGCUCGCCUGACGCGGACGAUUCCGAGUCCUCUUUUUCCCCAGAGGUUGAGAGCUGCUUCGACGUGGAUGAAGUGGAUCUGUCUGGCGGUGAAACUGAUGUAACGGAUCUCGACCAGGACAAUGAUGAUCUGGACAUUGAAGAUCAAAUCCAACUUUUUGGUGGAAACAUACAUCCGCCUGAAUAUUACCGGCUUGGUAUAGAACAAUUCAAUGAAAGCUCAUUCGGUGGAGAAGACUACAGCCCCGGGAGCACAGUCUUGUUGGACGCGAUAGAGGUGCAGUGGCAACAAUUUUGCAAUGAAGUUCUAUCGCGUGACCCGCACGUGUGCUUCGAGUCUAUUUCUAUAGGCAUACUCUAUAAAUUCUUUGAAUGGCGAUUGAACCAAAAGGCGGGCAAGGACGGUAGAAGAUUGAGAGGCACUACUAAGAGCAGCUCGCUGGGCACAGCCUGGAAAGUCUUCCGACUCGUAUAUGAGAGGGCCAUCGGCGCGAAGCUCGAUCCGAAAUUGAACCGCAAUAUGCAUAAGGUCCUCCGAGAGCUUGCAAGAAAGCAUGGGCUAAGCGACCAGAAGAGAGCGAAUCGCUGCAUGACUAUCAACGAUUUGAAGGAACAAAUCGAGACCACGCUGAGCACCACAAAGAAAUCGUUUGACCUUGGAGAACUCCGAAUUUUAGCCGUGCUCUUCCUCCUCCUGCUUGCCCCCGCAGGCUCUCGCCCUACGUCCAUCCUGCGGCUUCGCUUCGGAGACAUCAGAGUGGCCCUGGCGAGAGACCCGGAAGGCGGACCGCACAAGGUCUUGAUUCGAUUUACGUUGGAGUUCACGAAGUCAUAUCUUGGUACUAAGGACGCCAAAACAUUUACGAUCCCAGAGAUGAUGUUUGACCCGUCCCUACUCCUCAGUCCGCACGCUUUUCUGCUAGGCAUUCUAUUCCGGCACCGAGCAUUUCGCGCAUCCCAUCUUACCUCUCCUAGGCAACUAGAUGGGCUGGACAUACAUCCCGGCGAGCGGGAGCUGCCUCUACCUCUAAGAAGUGAUCUCAAAGAGGCGUGGAUAUUUCGUCGUGCGGUCAAGACCUUGACGGGGUAUGAAAUGUCAGCAACAAAGACCAUCACCCAUGGCAUGAUCGCGAGCUGGGUCAAAAGAGUGGGCGAGAUAAUGGGACUUCAAUACGAAACAAUACCGUACAGCCUGCGCUAUAAUGCUGCCAAUGAGUUUGACCAAAGCCCCGACAUGAGUGAAGCGCUUCGAAACCUAUCCCUUGACCACGCCAAUUCCACCCCUUUCCAGAAACACUACCUCGGCCGUAUUGUCCGCGCUGACCCAUGGGCCAUUAUCCGUCGGCAAAAGCCACAGCAGGCACUCAUUGAUCAGGCUUGCAGCAUUGGCCACUCGAUGAGCAAACGGCGACCUACAGAUCUCACUGCUGAACAAACGGCGUCUAUCGCAUCAGAUCCUCGUGUUCGACGGCUUACAACCCAGAUGCGAAAAUUACGCCCGGGUUCUGAACAGCACAAAAAGACUCACCGCGAGUUGCGGUCGUUAAAGCAGAAGCUAAAACGAGAACUUAAACAGAAAAUUCGGGACGACUGGACGGACGAACAGGCUGUGGACGAUAUUGAACGUCAACUACAAGGAAUUGGAUUUGCAGAACCAUCGGUGGAUCAUGCAGUCGGUCCCCAGCGACCGGCUCAAAAGUUGCUAGUUGAGGCACUUACAGCUCCGGUCGAUAAUACUCUCGAGGGUCAAUACCGACGCAGAGACAACGCGAUUGAAGCCAUAGUUGCAUAUUGCAACGUAGAGGAAGGACCAACUGCACGCCGGACAAGAAUUCUGUCAACAACGUCGGUCUCGCGUGAGAGUCUUCAUAAGCCAUCGGAAGACGACCCUUUGUUCCUCGCGACUCUGUCCGUUUUUAUUGACAAGCCAGAACAGAGACCCAGGAGGUGCUUUCUAUGCAUUGGCGCUGCACUCUCGCUGCCUCCGGACGACCCUCGUGUGGAGGAUAAGAUCCAGGAAUUUUAUACGCCAGGAGAUUUGAGCAAGCACUUCCGUCGUAGACACCUAUCGCAAUUGCGAGACAGCGAACAGCCAAUGUGUAAAGUCUGCGAUAUGACACUCUCUCAUAAGAUGCAUCUACAGAACCAUGCCUUGCGAGUUCAUGGGACGGUGUCAUGA